AUGGCGGAACAUCAGGAACAGUGUAGACAUAUUUUGCAUCUUUCCAAGAAGGAAGCUAAACAGUUUCUUGAUUCUUUCGAUACUGUUCUAUUCGAUUGUGAUGGAGUUCUCUGGACCGUGUUCGAACCGAUCGAGGGUGCCAAUGUGGCACUGGAGCUCACGCGAGAGCACGGUAAGUGCGUCAAGUUCAUCACCAACAACAGUGUCCGGCCAUUUGCGAGCUACCGUCAGCAGUUGCUAGGGUUGGGAUACAAUGCCGAGGAAGCGGAUAUCAUACAUCCGGCUCGCUCCAUUGUACACUAUUUACGAGCUCGCAAGUUCGAUGGUUUAAUCUACUGUCUCGGUACGGAGAACUUUAAAGCCACGUUACGGCAGGCCGGUUUCGAGCUAAUCGAUGGCCCAACGCAACCACUCCCGGAAUCAUUCCAUCAGAUUAUUGCCACCGUGCACGAUGACGCACCGGUACGGGCGGUCGUCGUCGACAUUGACUUUAACGUCAACUAUCCGAAGCUGAUGCGGGCGGAGAUGUAUCUGAAGCGGAGCGAAGAUUGUUUGCUGAUCGCCGGUGCGUCGGAUAAGACGAUACACGUGCGGCACGGUUGCGAUAUCAUCGGACCGGGAUGGUUUGUCGAGAUGCUGGAGCAAGCAGUUGGGAGGCGUGCGAUACUGCUCGGCAAACCGGGCUAUCAGCUGCGGGCAGGUGUGGUGCAGGAGUAUGGGCUGAAGCAACCGAGCCGCACAUUGCUCGUGGGCGAUAUGCUCGAGCAAGAUAUGGCGUUUGGAUCGUUGUGUGGCUUUCAGAAACUGCUGGUCCUGUCCGGUGGUACGACGAAGGAGCAGAUGGGGCGCACAAACAACACGCUCCAGCAACCGGACUAUUACGCAGACAGUGUGGCAGAUUUAGUGCAGUUGUUUGCGGAAAAUAAAUGA